AAAACAGGAAGCUAUGGACGGCGUUAUAUCGAACGAACGGGUAGCUUACAAGCUUAAAGGCUACUUUGAUUUAGCUAAGGGAGAGAUUGCUAAAGCUAUCAAGGCCGAGGAAUGUAGUUUAGCUAAUGAUGCAAUUCAGCAUUACUUGAAUGCUCAAAGAAUAUUUAUUGAGGCCAAUUCAACACCUGUUCCUUCUUACAUUAGUUCAAGUGAACAGGAGAAGGUCAGAUCUUAUCGUCAAAAGAUAUCAAACUGGCAAAAUCAAGUUUCAGAGAGACUGCACACCCUAGGUUGGCCAACAGGUUUGUUUCACAUUUUUAUUUGUGCCAUUAGAGAUCUCUCAGUUUUCUUGAACUCUACUUAUUUU